CUGGAUAAAACUGUCACCACUCCAAAUAGUUCCAGUGUCCCGAGGGAUGAAAAAUGAACUACAGUACGGAGAAAACGAAACGAAAAGGAAAAAGCUGUAGGCAGUACGCAGCUGGUUAGCAAGUCAUUGGUGGACUCCCAUUGUGAUUCACAAAAUUCACUACCAAAGUAUGAUAGUAGGAGGGAAACCCACCCUGGCGUGAUGACUGAGAAGGAGAAUCUAAUCUCAUAGCAUAUUAUUGUGAGAAGAUUUCUGGAGUCAAACGACCCUGAUCCCAAAAUUAGACACGCGCAUGAUUUAGAGAAGCUGGGAGAAUAUAUUCGUAGUAUAUUGGCAGAUAACUCUAAAGGAGUUCAGGUCAAAAAACUGGUUAGAAUAAGCAAGAGGACCGAGGACAAUGCUGAACCCCGACCAUGAAGACUCCUUAAGGUAAUCCCAGGGUCGGAGAAGCAACGUGAUCUCCUGUUAAGUAGCGCUCGUAGUCACGACAAUUCCGACAUCCGAGUUAGACCUGAUAUGUCUCUUGAAUAUAGAAUAAAAAGGAAGAAAGCACUAGCUGAACUAGAAACCCGUCGACAAAACGGUGAGGAAAAUCUCCGGUUAGUGGGUUUUCGGAUAGUCAGGUCUUGGAAGGGAAUGCUACCAAGGCCUGUGUGGAUAGGCUGUUCUAUCUAGGAGUUUUAUAUGCCAACGCUCAUAGUCUAAGAAAUAAGUUCUAUGAACUAGAAGCAUUGGUGGACAAAUUAAGGCCACUCAUUGUAACAGUGACAGAAACUUGGUUAGUCCAUGACUUAGACAUUACUCCAGAAUUAUCCGGAUACGAUUACCUAAGUAGUGAUAGACAUAGAUGUAGAAAGGAGGUGGCGUCCUUUUAUAAAUAUAGCCAAUAAUGUAAAUAUCCGCUCCUCUGCUAGCGAAUCCCAUGAUAGCGGUACUUGUAAAGUCAUCAGCUGUAAAUUGGCUAUCGUAUGUGGUACAUUUAUGCUCGGUGUCAUCUAUCGCAGCCCAAUCUGCUUAGCUGAUGACUUUAUUUUAGAGCACAUUCAGCUAUGGAGUGCAAAUAACAGAUUCUUGAUAAUAGGAGACUUUAAUGCACCUGAUAUUAAUUGGACUGGGAUGACCACGGAAGGAUCUAUAAACUACUUUGAUAGCAGGUUCCUGAUAACAAUAAUGUAGCAUGCACUAGUGCAGAAUGUAUCCAAACCCACACGUUUUGGUGCUAACCAAGGUUCUCUGUUGGACUUGGUAACCACUCAUGAGACUGAGGAUAUUGUCGACCUAAAUAUUCUUCCACCGUUAGUGAACAGCGAUCACGCUGUUUUGUCAUUCGUGUUUAGAACUAGGGACAUGUUAUACGAUCAGGUUACACCGCGCCCAAAUGUAUGGAAAGCUAACAUAUCAGCCAUUCAGGAAUGCGCUGCUAAGACAGAUUGAUUUGUAGAUACUAGCUUAUCAGUUGAAGAAGCAUGGUCUGUAUUUAAAGGUUAGUUUAGUUUAGUUACGUCCUCGUUCAUAACAUACUUGGUACCGCGAAGACCGAAUAAUAGUCCACCACGGAUAACUAUAAUAGUCAGGAAGCUCCUUAGAAAAAGGAAGAAGCACUGGAAUAUGAUCAUCUCUACUGGCUUAGAACAAUACAGAUCCAGUUAUUGUAAGAUUAGGAAUGCCUGUAAAGCGUUAAUAAGUAAGACUAGACGAUCAUAUGAAAAAACAAUUGAUUAGGGAUCCUAGAUAUAGUCCAAAACGGUUAUUCUCGUACAUAAAAAGGCGAACUCAGAGAAGCGAUGGAAUUCCAUCACUUUUGAUACAAGAAUAUCCGUUAAUCUCGGCAAGAAAUGAUACCGAAAAAGCUGAAGCUUUAUCGGAAUAUUUCAGUAAAGUGUUUUCUAUCAGUAAUGAAGAACGACCAACGAUUCAUUGUGGUCGUGGCAGCUCGCUGAUGGACCCUGUAGUCAUUGAGAAAGGUACUGUCUUAAGGCUACUUCAGCAUCUCAAAUCCAAUAAGUCCAGUGGUCCUGAUUAUAUUCAUCCUAGGAUUAUGAAAGCCAUAUCAGAUGUAAUUGCUGAACCAUUAACGACACUGUUUGCCAUGUCUCUGAGGCAGUCCAGACUGCCAAGAGACUGGAAAGACACUAUAAUAAGUCCGCUGUAUAAGGUUGGGAGUAGGGAUUUAAUCAGUAACUAUAGACCCGUUAGCUUAACUAGUGCGGUUGUAAAACUGAUGGAAAAAAUCAUUCGAAUAUCUGUUAUAAACUAUGUUGAAGGGCAUAAUCUUCUCCCCAGGGAACAAUAUGGUUUUCGGAGAGGCCUAUCAUCCUUGACAAAUCUUCUCAUUGCAAGAGAAGUUUGGGCUGCUGCAAAAGAUAGGAAUAUUCAUGUGGAUGUGAUCUUCAUAGACCAAAGUAAGGCCUUUGAUAAGGUCUCCCAUUCUGGUCUUAAAUUCAAACUGGAACGUUUUGGAAUCCAUUAUACAGUCGUAGAUUGGAUAAGUAACUUUCUCCAUGACAGGAGACAAAGGGGAAGGGUUAAUGGAGCUCUCUCCUCGUGGGUACCUGUAAAAAGUUGAGUUCCCCAAGGUACAAUCCUCGGU